AUGAAUGUGACAUCGAACGUGGAGGACGAUUGGUUCAACGAUUUUCAAUAUGGUAAUAAAGGUGCUGCUUCAUUCAUUAUAGCAUAUAUCGGAUUUUAUGGUUUGAGUAUAAUAUGUUUAUUGGGCCGACAAUUAAAAGCAACCCAACGACAACAAUACGAACUGCCUGCUUAUUUUUUAAAAACACUUUGGGAUGUGCCAAAUAAAAAUAAACUUUAUCAAGAACUAGCAGAUGUUGAACGUUUAAAACGAAUAUUUCGUGGUUAUUUUGCUGAUCAUGAAUCGUGUACAUCAAUCGGACAUGAUGAUCUUCAAGCUAUGGUCGAAGAACGUGCAUAUGCAUGUGCUUUAAAAUAUCAACAAAAGUUACGAAGACUUCAUUUAUCGCAUACUGAUUAUUAUAUUGAUAUGGUAGAACGUUUUAGUGAUAAUGACAUCGAAGAAAAACUUUCAAAAUCUACUAUAAUGACACAAACAAUUAUUCCUCAUACGAAGUUUCAUAACAUGAAUAGACAUGAACAUGAAAAUCAAAUUUGGCCAAUUUCUGUUGUUUAA